UUCCUGAGCGUAGGCCGCCAUCAUGAAUGACACAGUAACUAUCCGGACCAGGAAGUUCAUGACCAACAGACUACUUCAGAGGAAACAAAUGGUCAUUGAUGUUCUUCACCCUGGGAAGGCAACAGUACCUAAGACAGAAAUUCGGGAAAAACUAGCCAAAAUGUACAAGACCACACCAGAUGUCAUCUUUGUGUUUGGAUUCAGAACACAUUUUGGUGGUGGCAAGACAACUGGCUUUGGCAUGAUUUACGAUUCCUUGGAUUAUGCAAAGAAAAAUGAACCUAAACACAGACUCGCAAGACAUGGCUUGUAUGAGAAGAAAAAGACCUCAAGAAAACAGUGAAAGGAACGCAAGAACAGAAUGAAGAAAGUCAGGGGGACUGCAAAGGCCAAUGUUGGUGCUGGCAAAAAG